AUGGCUGCACAACAUGCGCCGGCGACGGUGAAGGUAGCGAUUGUGCAAUACGAGCCACAGAUACACCAAGUGAAGGCGAACAUGGAGACGGUCACGCGCAUGCUGUCCCACCUGUCGGAAGCCGACGGACUGCACAUUCUCAUGCUUAGCGAGAUGGCUUUCACGGGGUAUUGUUUCCGAGACCGCGAAGAAAUUGAGCCAUUGGCCGAGGAACCGUCGAAAGGGCCAACGUUUGAGUGGUGCCAGCGCCAUGCAAAGAGGCUCAAGUGCCUUGUCGCAUGCGGCUACGUCGAACGCGGCGACGAUUGCAACUUGUACAACUCCAUGAUGGUGCUCAGUCCUGCAGGCGACCUCGUGUUCAAUUACCGAAAGGUGUUCCUGUACGAGACGGACAAGUCGUGGGCGACGGCCGGAUCUGGCUUCGGCGACUGGUUCUGCCCGUGGCUCGGCCAGAAUCUGUCCUUUGGCAUCUGCAUGGACAUCAAUCCGUGCGACUUCGAAGCGCCGUACGAAGCGUACGAGUUUGCGUCGAGCAUUCUCGCCGCCCAAAGCUCGCUGGUCUUGUUUUCUAGCGCCUGGAACGACCACAAUCCUUUGGAAACAGACCCGUCCUCGUUGCCGACGAUCCAGUACUGGGCAAAUCGACUCGUGCCAGUCAUCGACGAAAUGUCCAAGGUCGGGACGGACCGCAACUGCUACUUUAUCUGCUCCAACCGCACCGGUGUCGAGCGCGGCACGUCGUUCGUUGGCGGGUCCUGCAUUCUGUCGCUGAAGGAGCCGAGCAUCGUCGUGGCCGCGAAUCGGUUUGAGCACAAAGUCCUCGUGGCGAGUCUGCGCAUGACAUCAUGUUAA